GGCAGGAGCGGCGGCGCCUCCACGUGGGGCGGAGGGAGGCACCGGGCGAGGAUGGCGGCGGCGGGCGAGGCGGGGAGCCGCGGGGAGGCCGCUCCCGCCGCCAGGAAGAAGGCCGGGCGGCCGCAGCGCUACUGGGACGGUGAGCCUGGAGGGGCCGGAGGCGAUGGGGCGGCGGCCCCUCCGAAGACCAAGAGGGCCCGGCGGCCGCGGAGGACGCAGAAGGCGGGCAAAAGGCGGAUCUCGGGGAAGGAGGACCCCUUCCCUGGAGCCCCUGACCCAGUGGGGCCGGAGAGAGCGAGGAAGUUCCAGAGAGGAGCCCCACAGCAGCUGGAGGAGGUGUCCAGUGAGCGGCUGAAGCACCGGCUGGCCUCCCAGGAGGAGAAGGCCCGAGCGGCCGCUCGCCAGGCAGCCCGGAUGGAGCUGCUGCUGCUGGAGGAACCCGGGUUCCUGGAGGGGGAGGAGGAGGAAGACACCUGCACCGUCUCCCAGGCCGAGAUCGCUGCUGCCGUCGAUCUGGCUGCCAGUGCAAAGCAUUUUGAGCUGCGCCUGGAUCGUUUCGGCCCCUACCGGCUGAGUUACACGCGGAACGGCAGGCAUCUCCUCCUGGGGGGCCGCCGGGGCCACGUGGCUGCCCUGGACUGGCAGACGAAGGCCCUGAUGUGUGAGAUCAACGUCAUGGAGACCAUCACAGACCUCACGUGGCUGCACACGGAGACCCUCUUUGCCGUGGCCCAGCGGAAGUGGCUUUACGUCUAUGACCAGCAAGGCGUGGAGCUGAACUGCCUGAAGUGCUUCAACGGCGUCCAGCGCAUGGAGUUCCUGCCCUACCACUUCCUGCUGGCCACAGCGAGCGAGUCCGGCUUCCUGCAGUACCUGGACAUCUCGGUGGGGAAGGAGGUGGCCACCAUCUGCACCAAGGCUGGCCGGCUAGCAGUGAUGGCCCAGAACCCCUCCAACGCCAUCGUCCACCUGGGGCACAGCAACGGGACGGUGACCCUCUGGAGCCCAAGCGCCAAAGCCCCCCUGGCCCGGAUGCUGUGCCACCAGGGGGCCGUGAGGGCCGUGGCCAUCGACCCCUCCGGGAGCUACAUGGCCACCUCGGGGCUGGACCACAAGCUCCACAUCUACGACCUCCGGGCGUAUCGGCGCCUCCACUCUCUGCUGCUGCCCUGUGGGGCUGGGCUGCUGGACUUCAGCCAGCGGGGGCUCUUGGGGGCCGCCUGCCAGGACGUGGUGCAGGUGUACAAGGACGUCUCGGUCGGCCCGCCCCAGAAGCCCUACCUGUGCCACAGGCUGCCCAGCCCCUCCCACGGCCUCCGCUUCUGCCCCUUCGAGGACGUGCUGGGCGUGGGGCACGAGCAGGGCUUUGCCAGCCUUCUGGUCCCAGGCGCUGGGGAGCCCAACUUCGACGCCUUGGAGAACAAUCCCUUCCGCAGCCGCCGGCAGAGGCAGGAGUGGGAGGUGAAAGCUUUCCUGGAGAAGAUCCCAUCGGAGCUGAUCAGCCUGGACCCCACGGAGCUGGGCCGGGUGGACCCCAUUUCCUCCGAGCAGCAGCGCAAGGAGCGGGCAGAGAGGCUGGGCUACGACCCGGAGGCCAAGGAGCCCUUCUCCCCUCGGAGGAAGCUGAAGGGCCGGGACUCGGCAGGCAGCCGGCUGAAGCGGAGGAAGAAAGUGGCCGCCGAGGAACAGCGGGCCCUGGUCCGGAAGAGCUUGGCUGCCAAGGCAGAGGCGCAGCCAGCGGUCCCCAAGACCAAACUCCCCGCGGCCCACAGCUCGGCGCUGGAUCGCUUCCGGAAAUAGCGGGCAGAGGACUCUGGCAUCCCUGCCACACGCAGGACGGUGGCUGUGGGCGGCUGCGGCUCUGGACGGCCGUGCGCUGGACAGCUGGGCCCCAUGGACCUUCCCCGAGACUCCUCGGGGGCUUUUUUGGACUCUGGACCUUUGCCUGAAUACAGACUUGUGAUUGGU